AAAUAGUAAAUAGUAGUAAACUAGUAAGUUCUUAAUUCUUAUUCAUCGACGAGUAUUUUAUAUCUUUUGCUAGUGCUGCCCAUCAUGACGAAAAUGGAUUUGUAAUUUAUAAACAGUGUAAUAUAUAUUAUUUUUCUAUGAGUGUAAUAUAAAUCUUUUUUGUCAUGGUAUGCCGUUUACAUUAUCAUAGGAUAUAGUUUUUCGUUCCUGGUAGUGGCCAGAGGGUGGUGUAACUGGACUGGAGUUCAGUGUGUUUACUGUCGUAUGUCAAGUUUCGACAAACUGAAUAGUCCUUUAGCGUUCACUAUUCAUUUCCGGAAUUCGCAGUCAUGAUCUGCGUUCGCCAAUCGAACAAGUUAUACAGCACAGUCGUAGGUAGCAACAGCCUAAAGCAAACUCCUAGGCGAUUUUCGUUCCCGGAACGUUUUCGUGGUACGAUUGUCGAACGAUGGAAGCUGUAUUGGGAAAGCGUAGCGAAGGAUUAUUUUGAGUCAACAGUGGGUAUUGGAACGUAUGCGAGAGCAAAUCCUUUAAAAAGCUCGUUGGCAGUAGUAACUGCUAGUUGUGUGUAUUACUGUGCAUCAAACAACCCAAGUGAACGUAAUUACAGAUCUGAAAUCCUAGAUUGUGCAAAUACUUUGUUGUACAUAUCACCAGUUGUGCGCAACCCAUCUACUGUUGAACAUUUAGAAUAUAUAGAAAAAUGUUAUAAUGCAGGAGUCGUGAAAAGACUGAAUUUGCUUUUGUUUUCAGCUAUCUGGAUUGACGAAUUUAAUGACGACAUACAGGCGUACAAAGCAAACUGUAAAUACUUAAAGCCUUCAAUAUUUUCAGUAUAUCAACGUGUAAUUGAUAUAGGCUUUUUAAAUGUUUGGUGGAACCUAAAAAAAAUAAUGGUUGAUUAUGAUGUGAACCCUGAAGAAUGGAAAGAUUACAAAGAACCAGAGUAAUCCUACCUAAUAUGCUUGUUACACAAUUUGUUUAUUUAGUUAUUUUGUUGGUGAUACAAUAAAUUAAUAUUUUUUUAGA